GGAGACCGGACGGAAUCAGCUUUUAUCAGCCUGUGAAGGACACGAGCUGCGUGGUCAGUGCUUUACGUAGGCGACAAGAAGGUGAUCGGGAGGCCUCGGGACACGUCUGCUCAUCGCUCUUGAGCGCGCCCACGGUCGGCGCCGGUCUGCUUAGGAGUGGGACCGACUUUAAAAGUUUCAAACAAGGGGGCCGACCGUCAAAGAGGCGGACACCGUCUUUCAAGGAAAAGGUAGAACAUGGGAGGCUUCAGGGAGCUGGCAGCCCUGACUGGCAAUGGGUUGAACGGAGCGUCAACGUCAGAGGCACUGCUGCCCUCAGGGCAGCUUAGGAGUUUUGGCAAGCGCAAGCGGGCAGGUGCCGGGCAGCUGCAGCUGCGCAUGCCCUGCGCUGACAGCCUCGACGGCGUGCGCAGUGCCUACGAGGGAUUUGACUCUGCAGCCGCGAGGUGGCUGGCGGCGGUGGCGGAGAGGGAGGCCGGGGUGACGGUCCGCGAGGCGGCGUGCUGCGGAGUGCAGGCGCAGCUGGCGGCGCGGUCAGCCGAGCUGGCCGCGCGCGAAGGCCGGCUGGCCGACUGGGAUGCGCGCUUGCGCAGCUGGGACGCCCAGUUGCAGCGGCUCAGUUCCCAGCUGAAGGACCAGGAGGAGCGGGUGCAGAUGGCGCUUCAGCCGAGCGUGUGCGACAAGGAGAACAGCACGCCCGAGGACACCGACUCCGAUCUGGACGUGACCGGGGGGCCCCGUGACACCACUGAGGUCCACCGCGGGGGGCACGGCUGGCCGGGGGCGUUACAUGUAGCCGGCUGGCCCGGCGCGCUCGGCUUCAACCAAUACUGGGAGGCCAACACCUCUGUUGCCGCCAGCUCAAUGCUGGAGGAGCAGCAGUCGCCGCAGCAGCUGCAGCCAAUAGCUGAAGCGAGCCCGACGCUGCACAUCGCGCCGCUUAGCUGCGGCCUUCGCAUCGUGAAGAGCGGUGGAGACAACGCAUCUGAAGACCUCGCCGCCGCGGCCGGCAGCCCCCGCGCGCCAGCCGGCGGCGCGGCCGCCUCCGCAGAGAGCCCCUCCGAGUGCUCCGCCGGCGCCGCGGCAAUGUUCCCCGACGACGCACCCCACACUAGCGGCGUUGUCAGCUACCAGCAGCAGGGACUUGUGGAUAAUCCAGACCCGAUGCACCAAUUCUUCUCACCCUCGGCCGCUUCAGCCGACGGGCGCGCUGAGCAGCAGCUCUUCCAGCUUCCCCUGUUCCAGCAGCAGCAGCAGGAGCAGUAUGAGGACAAGCAGCAGCAGCACCAGCAGCAGAGUUUUGGAAACGGGGUGUAUGAGCGGCACGCCGGCAGCGCGGCAGCUGCCGGGCUGCUGCUGGAGAGCCUGGCGCAGGCGGCUGAGGAGGUGGAGCGCCGGGCCGGCUCCGCCGCAGCUGCGCACCGGCCGCGCGCCCCGCUACCGCCCCCGGUGCCGCACCAGGGCUCAGGGUUUUUCGCCAAGACCCUGGACUACAAGAGCUGCGACCACAUCAUGUGCCUCACCAAGGACAUGGCUCGCCACCUCUUCCCACAGCCGCCCCACACCAGCGCAGGCGGCCCGAGCCAGAUGAGCGUGGAGUUGGAGGAUGACAGCGGGCGGCUGUGGCCCAUGACGUACCGCUGCGUCCCCCACCGCUACUCCUACGAGCUGCGCGCCGGCUGGAAGACCUUCGCAGCGUUCUGGGCCGUGGGCGUAGGAGACAAAGUGACGCUGUGGCGCGAGGCCACGGGCAGACUACGCAUCAGCGUGCAUGCCGCCCACUCAACCUACCCCGCCCCAGCCGCCGGCACACGCGGUCGGCCGGGCGCCGCCGCCUGA